UACCGCAUGUGUAGAUCCAGAAUUUGAAGGUGUCAUGACAAUCCCAAUCGCCCUCGUGGACAUGCACCGCCUUAAUAUGAGUCGGGGUGCGGUCUGGGACGUGGUGAGAAGAAAUCGGAUGACAACGAUUCAUACGCUAAGUUCUUGAAGAACAUGAAGCCAGUCGACGCCAAAGUCAAGGCUGCAGAGAUGGACGAAGGUGGAGCUGAUAACGACAUUGGCGGAGGGAUGGCGGCCAUCGCAUGGAGUUCCGGCGAGGAUAUUGCUUUGCUGAAUGCGUUGAAAGCGUUUCCCAAAGAUGUAGUGAUGAGAUGGGAUAAGGUAGCUGCGACAGUACCUGGGAAGUCGAAGGCGGCUUGUGUGAAGAGAGUGAGUGAUUUAAAGAAAGGCUUACGGAGCUCAAAAGCUGGCGGUGCUGCUAACUUGACAGACAGAAAUUGCUCCAUGGUUGGGUGUUGGUUGCUGCUAAUUUAUUAACUUCAGUGCUUCUAUCUAUGGGGUUGGAUUUUGGCUUGCUCCCGGUUCUCUAACAGAGACUUACAAGGUUGAGCACCUGAGUUGGUUACUUGAUAUACAUUUUUCGUACCUUGGUUUACUUUCAUCAAGAAAUGCAGUUUAGUUUC